AUGGAAUGGCAUCGUAGGCGAUCAACAAGAAAAGUUAUCGGGAGAAUCUAUACGGUAUCACCUUCGGAGAUAGAUAAGUUUUACUUGCGACUGUUGUUAUCGCAUGUCACAGGUCCAACCAGUUGGGAAUAUCUUCUUACAAAUAAUGGCAUGACUUUCAGUACAUUCAAAAAAUCAGCCGAGGAUAGGGGAUUUCUAGAGACUGAUCAUAGUAUUCGUGAUUGUUUCGUUGAGGCUACGAGUCUCCGAAUGCCAUAUGCUUUACGAAGGUUAUUCGUGACGAUUUUAAUAUUUUGUGAACCUACUGAUGUUAGAGACCUUUGGAAUGAGUUUUUUACACAUAUGGUAGAGGAUUAUCAAACAGCUAACAAUGCUGUGGAAUUAGACUUAACUAAUAUGUUGUUGAAGGACUUGAAUGAACUCUUAAACCUGCACGGUAAAAAUAUUGAUGAUUAUGAUCUCCCAUCAUUACCCCCUAAUACAAUAGACAGAGGUGCAGUUCCAAGUAUCAUACAAGAGGAGUUAGCGAUCGAUAUCCCCAAUGAAGAUAUUGAAUCUAUUGCUAAAUUAAAUAAUGAUCAAAUGAUUGCAUUCAAUACCAUUAUGAAUGUAAUUAUUCAAAAACACAGUGGGGUAUUUUUUGUUGAUGAUCCAGGAGGAACAGGUAAAACAUUCCUUUAUAGAACAUUAAUGGCAAGUUUAAGAAGUAGAGGAGAAAUUGUCUUAGCAACUGCAUCAUCUGGUAUAGCUGCAACAUUGUUACCUAGUGGUAGGACUGCACAGUCUCGAUUUAAGAUACCUAUUGAUAUUCAACCGAGUUCCAUUUGUGGUAUUGAAAAGCAAAAGUAUCUUGCAAAUCUCAUUAGAGUUGCUGCCGCAAUAAUUUGGGAUGAAACACCAAUGACAAACAAAAAUUGUUUGGAAGCCUUAGAUCGAUCAUUACAAGACAUUUGUAGCAACAAUGCUCCAUUUGGUGGAAAAGUUCUGAUUAGGGGGGGGGAUUUUCGUCAAGUUCUUCCUGUUAUAAGAAAAGGUACUAAGGCGCAAAUGAUUUUAGCGUGUAUUGUUCAGUCUAAUUUAUGGAAUCAUACCAAGAUUUUGCAUUUGCGUCAAAAUAUGCGAUCAUUGCAUGAUCAAGAGUUUGCAGAAUUUCUUAUUCGCAUUGGUGAUGGUGUUGAACCUACCAAACCAGAUGACAUGGUGAGGUUACCUUUACAUAUUGCAAUCCCAUGGGAAGGUGAACAUUCCAUACAAGUACUUAUCCAACACAUUUUUCCUAAUUUAGAAUUGCAUGGUUGGGAUGCCCCAUAUAUGGUACAAAGAGUUAUUUUGACACCAACAAAUGAUGAUGUCCAGAAAUUGAAUGAUAUGAUUAUCGAUCAAUUUCCAGGAGAAGAACAUAAUUUGUUCUCGUUUGACGAGGUUGAAGGAGAUAAUCAUAAUUUAUACCAACAAGAAUUCUUAAACUCAAUUGCACAAGGUAGUUUGCCACCAUAUAUUCUAAAGAUAAAAAGGGUGCACCAUUGA